AGCCCCGCCCUGCUACAGCAGAGCAACCUGGAUACACUCAACAUGUCUUGUUCAAACAAGCCAGCUUUCUAUCAACUCAGAUAGGGAAGGGUAGUUAAGGGCAGAAAACUGGCAACUGGCAUUCAUCUGUCAAAACAUUUUUGCUGCCAUUUCCUUUCCCAAAGCCUGAGGAACUGAGGGGCAGGCUGGUUGUGGUGUGAGUCAGUGUCAUCUUACAUCCUGCAAUCAGUUUGUGAGUGCUGGAGUCGCGGCAGUAAACUGGGGUGGCAACAUUGAAUGGACAGAAUAUGGGGUCAGAUGAAGCCUACAACUUUGUCUUUAAGGUGGUUCUAAUAGGAGAAUCUGGUGUAGGAAAGAGCAAUCUGCUCUCUCGCUUCACCAAAAACGAGUUCACCCAUGACAGUCGCACAACCAUAGGGGUGGAGUUCAGCACACGGACAGUGCAGCUCAGCGGCUUCACCAUCAAGGCCCAGAUCUGGGACACAGCCGGGCUGGAGCGAUACCGGGCCAUCACUUCUGCGUAUUACAGAGGUGCUGUUGGAGCCCUGCUGGUCUAUGACAUCACCAAACACCUCACUUACGAGAGUGUGGAGCGCUGGCUGAAGGAGCUGUACGACCACGCUGACCCCCACAUUGUGGUCAUGCUGGUGGGCAAUAAGACUGACCUGGAGUCAGAGAGAUCUGUGCCCACUGAGGAGGCUCAAGGCUUUGCAGAAAAGAAUGGUCUUUUGUUUCUGGAGACCUCUGCUUUGGAGUCAACUAAUGUGGAGGCAGCAUUCAACAAUGUCCUAGCAGAGAUUCAAAGAAAGGUGAGCAGUAAGGAAGUGGUCCGUGGCUCCAUCAGUGCUGUGUCCUUAAACUCCAGAGCAGAAAACACAGAGGAGCAGAAGCCUUGCUGCAGGAACAUCUGAUCACAAGGUCCUUAAGAAGCCCAGGGGCCUCAGGGUGGGCGACAGGUGAACUCCUCCUUCACCCACAACCCUGUGCUAAAGCUCGACGAGAGGCAGGCGACACGGCAACCAUGGGUGCCAAUAUUAAUGGUCCUCCUGGCUUAAGUGGCACUUUGAAAUGACUGAUUUACAGGUUUUACAAGCUACAUGGUGGCUCGAUGUAUACAAAAGAUGAUUCAUGUGAACGAAUGAAGCUGGAGAACAACAUCAAUCUUUUAACAGUCCCUGCUGACUAUUGAGCAUAGGUCAAAAAUAACACACUGUGUUACCUGUAAGAUGAUAUAUUUAUAAUCCAUGCAGAGAAUUGGAGUAACGUAGACGCACCAUAGCAUGUGUAAUGUUUAAAACGUAAAUGACACAUUGGCUAUUACUUUAUGUACGGACUGUGGGUCUUGCUAUCGCUGCUGUGUGUGUUCUCCGGCUGAUGAUCUAGGAUGAGUCCGAUUUCAUUUCUUUGGAGAAAUAAACGAUUUAUUGAGA